AUGCCAGAGAAUUUACAGAAAUACUGGCACCAGCGCAAUACUCUAUGGCAGUACGACGACUACGACAUACGAAUGACAGACGCCGCCUGGUUCGGCGUCACCCCAGAGCCCAUAGCAGUCGAGAUCGCAAGUGAGAUGGCAGCCAAGCACGCCCAGCGCCGGCACAAACCCAGCGUGGUCAUCGACCUCUUCGCCGGCGCCGGCGGCAACACGAUCCAGUUCGCGCUCUCGGGAGCCUGGGACCGCGUCAUCGCCGUCGAGCGCGACGCCGCCACGCUCGCCUGCGCGCAGCACAACGCCGAGGUCUACGAGGUCGCCGAGUACGUCACCUUCGUGCACGCCGACUGUUUCGACUUCCUCAACCGCCUGGUCAACCGGCCCGACACCCUGGACGACACGCUGAACGUGCGCCUGGGCCUGGGCUUGGGGGGUCGCGGGUCGUCGGCCGCGGAGGCCCUCGCCCGCGGCGUCGAGGUCUUCGCGAGCCCGCCGUGGGGAGGCGUGGGCUACCACCAGGCCGACGUCUUUGACCUGGAGGCCAUGGAGCCCUACUCGCUGGCUCACAUAAGCGAUGCGUGCCGCCCGAUGGCGCACGCGCUGUUCCUACCCCGGAACGGGGACCUGCGGCAGCUUGCGAGCUUGGUCCCUGACGGUGCGGCGGAGAAGCUGGACGUGGUCCAGUAUUGUGUCAAAGGCGCUGCCAAGGGCCUGGUUGCUUACUACCCGCCCGAGGAUGAGCGCGAGAUGGCUAGUUGA